AUUGCACCAUGGGAAUGAACCGCGGGUUGCUUGAACUUUUUUGUAACGGUUUGGUUUAAAAUUCAGAUGAUAGAUGAAUACCUUUAAUUAGGCAGUUACAGCUAGUUAGAAGAUAAUUGAACAGUGAAUAUAUGCACAUCUCAUCGGGGGAUUUAAUCAAACGGCAGUUCCCACCAACUGAUUGAGUUGCUUACUUUACUUACUACAACACAAUAAUUUGUGUAUACUAAGUUGAAAACAACCUAUCUCAUUGAACGACGUUGCAAUGGACCAAAAACGUUCUAGUUAUUUGGUUCCUCAUGAAGUUCUUUUGCGGUAUGGUGGAAUAACCAAUGAUCAUAAAAAGCGUUUGUACGGUGAAAUGCAUUCGUUGAAUUUCGUGUAUAUACCAAGCUUCCUGAAGUCACAAGGGUCUGAUGUUGAACUUUUGUGUGUAUCAGUACGGUGUCUGUCAGUCUCCAAAGGAUUUUAAUGGUCAAAUUUAUGAAUAUUUUGUGUGCCCUACAUCGCUAAAUGAAAAGUUCAGCUCUUUCGAGGGCGAGCGAAUAUUUUGUUGUGGAGCACCUCCACAGCAAUAUUGUUGUACAUCCACUGAGUUCUCAUCGGGAAUUCAUAUCGUACAAUCAGAUCUUUUAAUUUCACCUUCAAUUUUUAUUGGAGGCAGUCUUGGGUUUUUUUUAUUUGGUAUCUUUUUCGUAAUAUACGCAUAUUCAAGAUUAGCACGUAAUCUUCGUAAAGCAUCUAAUAAAUUAUUUUACGAAACAAAUGUUGGUGUAUUUGCUUCACCUGAUUUCCAUCAACCAAUACAAAAUUUAGAGUUGGCCACUUCGUCUGAUAUACAAUCAAAUGAACCACCUAAGAAAAUGUUGCUCUCUGAUGUUAGUCGGUUAACUAAAAUUUCUUCUGAAAAAUCUGUCUCUAAAAAUCCGUUCCAGAAUACAAAUUUUACUACUAAUAAUAACCACUUAUUGGUAAUAUCUGAUAAUUCCGAAAGCGAAUCAAUUAAAAAUUUAAUUCAUCAACAUACAUCAAGACAUUCUUAUAUAAAUAAUAAUAACAAUAAUGGGAAGAAGAAGAAGGAAAGAAAUGAAAAUUCAACACCAAUCAAAGCUCGACCUGUACUCUUGAAAAGAUUAUCGUGAUUUGUUCUGUUUUUUGCUUUUUAACUUGAUUUCUAAUUGUGUAAUUUGAUUUGCACCAUUUAAUUCAAAUCGAGAAUAACAAUCAACAAUGUGUGCAGUUGUGAUUAUUAAAAAAUAUACAUAAAUUGUUUUUUUUGAGUAACAGUAAUAACUGGUAAUUUUUAUGUUAUGGAAUAAAUAUAUUAACGAAAUC